CUUUUCGACAUUCAUCCGCAGCUUCUGGCGUAGUACACGUGGUGUGCGCAGCAAAACUUCCACUGACCAGUUCGCGACCGCUAGUAGCGUUUCUGUCUUUGCCGUUCCCUGUGCCUUUACCGCAGAUAGUUGGCCGGAUGUCUGAUGUGUGUAAUGUGCGCUGAGUGAAGAGGAAAAAUACCCCGCAACCGUUUCGCUUACAGGCCGCUUUGCCGGUGUGUUUUUGUGCUGCAGAUGCACCAUCAGUGCAAGUCUGUCUAAUGAGCAAAUCAGUGUACUGAAAGUAAGGCGUGUGGGUGUUUUGUUGAAAAUAAAAAAAAAAUAGCAGUGAGAGUAUGUGUUGAAGACCAGCCGUAUCUAAAUGUGUGCAGUGUGCGUCUAAGUGAGUGUUGUGUGUAGGCAUUUGGUGCAAGCUACAAUUCCGGUAUCGCAGAUCUCAACGAAAGUGCAUUUGGAGGUUUUUUCGGAGGCAGCAAUUGAGUUCUAAAACUUGCACAGUAGCGCACCACGAGUACGGGAGAGCUGGAGGGGAGCUAAAAGUGUACCAUUCCAUGUGGAUGUGAUUAUUGAUUUAAAGCAAAAAAGGGAAGCAAUCACACGUGUCGGCAAGUGAGAGUCUAUUUUCGUCCGAUCAGCAAGAAGCCAGACGAUUCUGUGGUAGUGUAUGUGUGUCUGUGUUUGUGUGUGCAAGUUUGUUCAUUUGUGUGGUUGCCGUACAGUGCCAGGAAGCGUUGUUCGCGGGAGAGUAAAUAGCAGAAAAUCAAUCAAAAAGAGCCGCCAGUUUAGAGCGAGGAACAUAGCCAGUGUCGCCAUAGUUGGUGAAAAAUCAGUGAAAUUCCGGACCCACCUGUGAAGUCCUGUGCUGGACAGGAAGUUCCGGUUGGGUAGGCGUGAGCGAAAGUGAGAGCGAGAAAGAGUCACUCAAAAGGCAGAAGGGCAGGCAACGCUGACCCAAUCCUUUUUAGCGAUCGACUCAACGUCCCCGAAAACCGUCUUCAUGUAUAAGUUCUUCGUGAAUUCCAGUGUUAAGUACAUAAUCAAGUAGAAGCGACUGUUCAAUUGCGCGAGAGGCUGUGUGUGUGUGUGUGAGAGAGUGUGUGCAACAGGAAGUGGAGUAAAGGUCAAAUCAAAGGAAAAGCUCACCCUUGUGUGUACAGCAGAAAAGGCUCGUGUGAGGCGCACGUGCUACUUUUCCCUAGAGAGAAAGAGAGAACACUCUCCCACCCUAACUGGACACAGCUGCGUGUACCGCCACGCAACACUUUCCAUUUUUCUUCCAUUUUCCAUUCCGACCGUACCCUCCACAACGGAUUUCAUGUGUAAAGCGGCAGCGACCGGGAAGAAUACGCUCCUGCUCGAUAACAACAAACGUGUCCGUUCGUUUUUCCGCAAACCGCGCUACACGCACUUCUGCUCCGUCUGGUACAUCAUAGAGGGACGGUCCGGCACGAGGAAAACACCGCACGACCCGUUUGUCUGUAUCGCUCGCACUACCACCCGGUCCAGCAGCAUCCGUGAAAGCCCGUAGAAGCUGACUCCGGCCAUCACCGCACUGUUUAGAACCUGAAGCAAUUGCCUCACAGCCCUCGUUCAGCACUCGUUCAGUGUAGUUCAGGAUACUGCCUGUACGCGCCUGUACCGACUCGACGAGUGACUUCGAGUCGCAAUACGCCUAGAGACGGUCUCUGGUUUUGAGGUAGCGGGCAAUACGCGCAGUAGAAGCAAGUGUCCCAAGCUGUUCUGAAGUGUUCGUGAAAACAACAAACAAACAAACGGACGUCUGAGGUGGUGUUGGCCAACAGCUGUGCCAGCGGACCUUUCCAGUAAAGCGUGAACUUUACAUAAACAGAACAGAAAUCUAGCCAAAAAAAGAAAAAGCAACAUAGUACCAGGGCGUGCGAUCAAGGUGCGAAAAGUGCAGUGCUAAGUUGGUGGCAGCAAGUGCGAUCACUUUUCCCGUACUCGUAACGUUCGAGAAGUUGCAGCGCAAAGCGGAACCCAAGAGCACCAUGGAAGCGUACUGGGAAGCAGCGAAUGGUCAUGCACCGCAUUCUUUGAAAUACGAGAGUGAGGCUGGUGUGCCAGGAUACACGUAUUGCGGUGAGCCGGGGCUCAACUUUUCCGCCAACAAUACCACCUACAGCGAAGAUGAUGCCGAUUUUCCACCAGGACGACGGGGCAAAACAUCACGGCAAGAUCCACUGUCGCACCGGAUCAUUGAGAAACGGCGCCGAGAUCGGAUGAACUCCUGCCUGGCCGACCUUUCGCGACUCAUUCCGCAGCAGUACAUGCGCAAAGGUCGGGGACGGGUGGAAAAGACGGAAAUCAUCGAGAUGGCCAUACGCCACCUGAAGAACCUGCAGAGCCAGGAGUGCGGCCGGGAGUCGUCCUGUGCCGAGCAGUAUCGCCACGGGUACAACGAGUGUCUGGCCGAGGCGGCCAAGUUUAUGAUGCGCGAGCGGGGUGAGGAGAUGUGCUUUCGCAUGGUCGCCCACCUAAAGGAGCACUGCAAUGAGAUUAUGAAGGGUGAAUUGAGCAAGACACGUUGCGGCACGGAGCUGGCAAACGGUGGCAGCCCCAUCUAUCUUGCAGGCGGGCAGCUGGGCCACCUGCGGGAAAUACUCACCUGCCCGUCGGAUCUCGAGCACAGCAGCAACGACCAUCACGACGUGAAGGAUCUGAGCUUCCGCAGUGCGACGAGCACGAGUAGCAGCACGCACAGCAACAACAAUCCGCCGCAGGCCGCCGUCAUUACCUCGACUGCGCCGAGCAUCGUGCAGCACCAUCUGGACACGUCCAGCAACCACUCGACGCAGGACUACGACGCACCGUCGCCGCCGGCCCGGCUGUGCCCGAACGGUACCGGCGCCAGCCUGCAGCAAGACACGAACAACAACAUCAACCAGCACGAGAGCGUCCUGCGCACGAUCCGCAUGCGCAAGUUCUCGGAGCACGCUUCGCCGGAGCACGAGCACAGCCACAACAGCUACAAGUUCAAGAACUACAUCCAGCAGCGGUUUUCGCAGGACACGCACGAAAAUGGGCACGGGACCGAUUUCGAUCGCAGCCCGGUGUCGCUGCACGAGGAUCAGCAUAUGCAUCAGCAGCCGCACUCGCUGCGCGCCUCGCCACUGACCAACGGUAGCAGUGGCAGCAUGUCCGGGGCCGAUUCCAAGUCCUCCAGCACGAGCACACUGACCGGGAAGUCGUCGACCGUGGCAUCGUCCACGGACGAGCCACUGUCACUGAAGCGAAAGCUGCCCAGCACUCCUGUCAGAAAUGGGGCCGAAUCGCCGGGAGCAGGUCCGAUGGAGAAUGGAGCGCACCACCACAACCACCAUCACCAGCAGCAAGGGGCGGCGGAGCAGUGCGUGCCGCUGGAGAAAAAGCUGGCGCUCGCUAGGAAUGGCCACCCGUUGGCAGCGUCAUCGUCUUCGUCCUCCUCUUCGGUGACGCCACUGCCCGCGUCCGAGAUCAAGCACGAGCUGCUAUCGUCGAUCGGAAGUGCGGUGGUAGCGCUGGGACCAACGGCGACUCCCGCCUUUGCACAUCACCAUCACCAGCAGCAACAGCAGCAACAUCAUCACCAUCCCAGUUCCUACCAUCCGGUGCCGAUUUUUGCCUGCCACACGCAGGGUUUCUACAUCCCGCUGAACGUGGACUACGAAACUCUGCUGCCCUACCUGAACGGGAUCGAUCUGCUGAGCAAAAACUUCCUCCAGAUGCCACCGCUGCACCCGAUCAGCAUUAGCGUUAACUACACGCCCGGAUCGCUGGGCGGCAGUGGGGGCAGCUUGCUGCUGAAGGCAUCGGCCGUGAACGGGCUCAACUCGCAGACGAAGGCAAAACUGGUGGAAGGUAUCAUCAAUGGAUGUUAGGACAGACACACCCCACCCCACACAUGCGCAUGAAAGCACACCGACUUAGAAAGUUGCAUUUUCUCGUGCCGUUCUCCAUGGGUCGAUGUUGAUCGUAGAGGAUGUAUGUAUGUUUGUGUGUGCAUGUAUUCUACUAGCUGUACUAGGAUAAUAACUUUUCUAGGAUCGUGCACAGCACGGUCGUGAGUCGCUUAGGAUGGCUGAUUUAAGGAAGAGGAUGGCGGAUUUAAAGCCGUACCAGAUCUUCAACGAUACUAUCAAUCCAGAGAAAUCCUAGAAGGAUAGCAUUGCGAUGCGAAUGUAGUAGGGUGCUGCACGAGCGGCAUGAGUUAAAAACUGUAAAACAAAUGUAAUCAAUAACGUAGCUGUGGCAGAUAUCCAGUUCCGCAUAGGACACACAUAUUUAAACUCAGGUAACACAGUCUCCAUCUCUAUUUGUGUGCUGGACUGUGUACGUACAAUUUGCUGUUAGUCGACGACGAAUACACGCGUCCAAAGGUACAGAUACAACCCAAUAAAGUGAAUACAGUUCGUGAAACUGCAAAAUGCUGAACCAAGUACGGAAAGCUAGGACAAUUUGAUUAAUCUUGACAGGUCUGGGUUUUCCCUCAGUGAGGAAUAAGAGAUUACACAAACUGCAUACAAUUCUUAUACGAUCGUAGAUUAUUCCAAAACUGUAACUACGACCAUGAUUUGUUCGUACGUUUACUUAAGACGUAGAGACACCGAAUGACCUCAACCAUCAUAACGAUCAUCGUUCAUAUUGGAAACAGACAGGAGGAUGAAGAAGAUCAUUCGAUAGGGAAUUUUUUGUUGUGUUCGAACACCACCACCACCACCAGCACCACCUCCGCCACCAACCUUAACCACCAGCACCACCUAGUCCUUUACAUUUUUAAAGCGCUCCAGUUAGAUCAAACAUGAUUUUUUUUAUUAACGUCUAAUGCACACUCUUCAAUUUUAUUUUCUCUAUUGUUUAAAGGCUCCGAGAACUUUCUUAACCGAGGACAAUUAAUCUGUGAUACUGUGGAAAAUAGUAGGAAAUGUCGGGCUGGGUGAAAAUUACCACUCCCAAAAAUGGGAAGAAAUACGGAAAACAUGUGCCGUUGCGUGAGAGUGUAUGAGAGAGAGAGAGAGAGAGAGAGAGAGAGAGAGAGAGAGAGAGAGAGAGCGAGAGAAAGAGAGAGAGGGAGAGAGAGAGAAACAAAGUUGAAAGGAACCAUUUUAAAUAGUGUGGUUUGUAAAUAGGAACAACAACAGGAAUAGAAAUGUAAUCGGAAGGUAUAUUCACUAACACAGAGUGAAGCAUUUGGUGGAGAACUUACAGAAAAGACCAUAUGUGUAAAACAAGUGAUAGAAAUCGAACGAGAAAAGAAACAAGCAGACCACCAGCAAACAGGGUAAUUGUGCUGUGUGCGUUGUGUGCAUAUUCCUACACCGUUUGCGAGGACAAUGCGCGACAAGAAGGGAAAACGGUAGGAAACGAAAAAUAUUGGUAGCAAUGGAUUACUCCUUCCCACCCACCAACUCUGCCAUAGGUUGGGAAGCAACCAGCACCUCUACCAAAAUGUCGUUUAACGGUAUACAUUUGUACGUAAUGCAGCCCGAACGUUUUUUUUUUGUAUAAAACGCAUACAGUUAGCUCUGAGGUGUCUUUUUUACUUUUUAGCCUUUUUUAUACAUUAUACUGAACCAACGCAAGUAUCUGAGUAAACAAAAAAACCCAACAAAUCUACCAACCCACAUGCAUAUGAGAGAAAUGUGCGUAACCAAUGUGAAACGGCCAGGAUGCAUAUGGGGGCAAUUUAGAACAACGCCGCUUAAAAAGUGGUAUUGAACCAUUAUAUCCAUAUACAUUUGCGCUACAGCCAGCGAAAAAUAUAAGUCUAUAAAAAAUUGAA